AGAUCCAGCAAGAAAAGAAAAAUGUUGAAAUGUUUUUCUAACAUGGAACAAUAAUAAAAUAAAUAGUUUCUAAUAUUCAUGAUUUCUACAGUUGCACUUUUACUAUUUUACAAUAUAACAACAACUUUACUGACAGAAACUUGUGGAAUUCUUUACAUUCACUUCCAGAUUCUCAGACUGCUGAUAGCAUCAAAACGUCUUAGCUGGAACUGAACCUGCAGGUUUCAAACAGGUUUGACCUGCAGCCAGACGCCCCCAUCUGUCCAGCAUGUUAAUGACACUCCAGUCAGCCAAUCAGCAUCCAGCAGCUCACCUCAGCCUUGAAAAAGCUGCUGCGAGUCUCACAUCUGCUUCUGUACCUGCACACAUCCACACACAGGUCUGAAGUCGUCUCCUCAUGAUGUGCGACAGCAGCAGAACUGAAAUCUUCCUUCCGUCUUGUGAAAGUGUCCGUUCAGAGAAGACGAUCCAGUUGUACAACAGAUGUGCAGAAACCUACGAACAGGAUUUAGCCGAGAUGAACUACAGAGCGCCAAACUUGGCAGUUGAUUUCCUUAAUGCCAACUUCUCAGGGAGUCGACAGGAAGUUCAGGUGUUGGAUGUCGCCUGCGGGUCGGGACUGGUUGCUAAACUGAUGGUUGAACUGGGCUUCAGGCUCUUUGUGGGAGUGGACGGCAGUGGAGGCAUGCUGGAACAAGCUGCUAGAACUGGCCUCUAUCAGGACCUCAGACUGGCCUUACUGGGAACACAACCUCUGCCUGCACAGCCUGCUCUGUUUGAUGUGGUGAUCAUCGUCGGGGCUUUAGGUGUUGGUUUUGCACCGGUCAGUGUUGUCAGGGAGCUCUGCCACGCUGCCAAACCAGGAGGUUACGUCUGCAUGGCGAGAGGCAACCACACAGGACCAGCAGCAUCCAGAUACAAGGAGGAUCUGGAGAGAGAGCUGAAGCUGAUGGAGGAGGAGGGACUGUGGAGUCCAGUAGGAAUCAAACUGUCUGACAGAUACAUGAAGGAGCCGCCACAGAUCUGUGAGAGAGAUGAGAGCCAGUACAUCAGCGGGACUGUCUACUUAUACAAGACGGCCUCGUAACCCAGCAGCCAUUAACAUCCAUCAUUCAUGAUCAACACACAUGUACACACAUAAAUCCUGUCUGAUGUCAUAUAUGAUCAAUAUCUUGUUCCAUCCUCUAAUCAGACAUCCAGCUGGUGGAUUUAAACUCACAUGUGACGUAAAAAAUAUCUGCAAAGUGCCAGAAUAUGGAUUUUUCUUGCAUGUGCAUCUUUCAAACUGUUGGAUUAAAUGAAGAAGUUAAUUAAUUUAAACAUUUUGUCCCUAAAGAGGAUAAAGAAUCGUCUCAAGUGUUAAUGUCAUUUGAUCUAAAAUGUGAUAAAACUUCUUUGUUUUAUAUUUCACAGGCCAGAAGAACUCUGGUUUAUUAAAAAUAAGUCAGGGAAGAGAAAGUGGCCGAAGGUGAUAAAAGGGUUCCUGUUCAAGGAGUUUCUGCUCCAACAAGACUAACUCAAUAAACUCAAAUAAAGCUCAAACUAGCACAAUGAACAGAGGCCAGCCCACUCACAAACUGAUGCACAAAAAAUUCUUUGCACUGAAUUUCUGCCGGUAAGCCUCAUGUUCUAGUUCUUAUGCUUUUAAAACUGCAGUUUUUAUCCUUGACAGAGUUUUUACUGUCUGUUAUAAGCAAAGCAGAAUAAGCGUCAGAGCUUCCCCAGUCAACACACUCUGCAGCAGCUGCUCACAGUCACUCCACUUCCUGUUAGCAAACCUCUCAAACAACAAGACAAAUGUAUCUGGAUCCUUUUCUGAAAAUUUGGGAACCGACACAAACAACCACAAACACCAUAAAAAAAUUGAAGAACUGCCCCUACAAGGGUCUAACUGAGUCUAACUGUGCUCGAAUAGUCACUGUUUGUGCUGCAAAGUUAACAGCUCCUCUCACUGCUUGAAAGUCAGAGUGACCCCAACCCCGACUACAGGCUGCUGCUCUGGAGGACUGACCUGAUUCUGCAGGAAUUUCUCUACACCAAUACCAGUAGCCAAACCAUACUGACCAGUAACACAAACAAUGGUACCUGCCAUGAAAAGGCUACAAUGCAAAACACGAACCUGCUGUCGUGGAAAAAUCUUCAGAUGGGCCAAUAGAUCUUCAGGUCACCCACAACUUAGUAAACUCAAAACUUAUAAGAGAAAGACUCCAACAAAAAUACACUGGCAGCUGGUAGAGUCCAGUGUGAAGAGGUUUACUGUGCAUAAAGAGAUACGGAGCAAACCGAGGCCUUUUGUCCCGGGACAAAGAAAAACCUGAUGCAAAAUCAUAAAACCUCAUAUUAUAUACUUUUCAUAACCCCUCCUAUUGUGGAGCUUAGUUUCUAGUCUCCACCUCAUUUUUAAUUAAAUUCAACCAUCUGGUCAUUAUUUCUGAGUUCAUAAGUGACCUUGAUGCUUUGCUGAUAGUACAAGUGUGACUUAUCUUAGAAAUUACUGCCUCAGCAUCUUUUCUCACAGUAAAAACGGACCUGGCGGCUUUUAAUCAUUUCACACAGAAAACCAAAUUGCUAUAUCACAGAUCAGCCUUCUUGCUAACUCUCUGGGAACUGUCUCUUACUGGCUUAAUGCUAUCUUUGCACUCUCACUGGCACAUUUGUUAGAUCAUGGAAAGGCAGUUUUCCACCACACAGACGCGCAGAGACACUGACUAAACCCAGCAGCCAGCAUGUGGAACAUCCUUUCCCCUGGUUACCCCACCCACAGAGCAGCUGACUCCAACCCAGUCUUCAUUCAGUAGUGGGUGAUUUAAACAUGGAGCCCAGUGACUCUGCCAGACAACCAACAUGCUCUGGCCACACUGAUGCACAAAAACAACAAACUAAUACAACAGAUGGACGUUGUUUCUAAUAUCUAUUGGAAAAGUAGCCUUACAAAACCCGCAGGUGUGUUUGGAUCAGACGGAAAACAAAUGAAGAUCCAACUAAGCACAAACCAGAUGGCGUGUUGCUGCAGGACGCUGUGGCAGCCAUGCUGGUCUUACUGGUUUCCCUCAGUACUGGUUUCUAAAAUAUGAAACAUUUCUGACACUUUUUGUUUAACACAUGCUUCUGUAUCUGUUAUUUCAUAGU